UAUAGAAUUCUCUCGUUCGCUCUUCUCUCUCUCUACCUCUGUUUCUCUAUAAAUGCCCCUGCCCUUAGACCUUAAGAAGGUUUUCUCCUCUCCUUGGGGUUUUUUUUCCGAAGAAAGAGAGAAGGAAAGGAGACCGCAACCCUUCCCAAAGUCUCCAGGAACCCAAAACAUAACUACCCCAAAACCUCUAUCGAGAAAUAGAGAGAGGGGGAGAGAGAUUUUUCGUUUCCUUUGUAGUUUCUUUUCCCAUUUUGGGGGUAUAAUUGAAACCUCGGUGAUCUCCUCCUUUUAUUCCUCGAUCGCUCCCUUCCAUUCCCCUUUUCCCCAAAAUCAAAACCCUCCCUUUCUCCCCUUUCCCUCCCUCCUCCAAAUCACUUUUCUAGGGUUUCUCCUCUUUCUUGGUCGCUUGAUUUUGGCCUCUUCCUCUAGGGUUUGGCCUCUUUGAUCGCCACCAAGACGAGGGUUCAGUGCCUGGAUUGGGUGAUAGGCUGGAGAUUGGGUUAUCAGCUAUCUCGGAGGUAUUCAGUUUGCGUGGCUGGCUCUUCUUCCUCGUUGAGACUGAUUGUUUGGACCUUUUGAUCGUGUGCUGUGACAUGGUAGUGGUCUUCUGGGCCAUGGAAGAAGACUGCACUUUAAAAUUUGGGUGGGUUUUACUCCAAUUCUGGUACUUGUGCUGUUGGUAUUACUGUGACUGAGCUUGUUUGGGCAUUUCUUGGUGUUUUGGGUGGUGGAAGCCGAGUAGAUAUCUCGAGAUUCCAUUUGGGUUCGUAGUCCACGAUAGGGAAUUUAUAAUUGGCAGUUUUCCUUCGGAAUUUGCUUUCGGGUCCGUUUAUUGGCUGGUGUUUGCCCCCGUGAAGGAUUUUAGCUAACUGCUGUUGUGCAUCGUGGGUUGUAAGCCCGCUGUGCUGAAUUUUUGUGCCAGACGGUGCAUGAGUUUCGUGAGUGUUCUAUUUGGGUUCUCUUGGUAACCAGUUCACGGAUUUAGCAUUUAUCUGGAGGAUUUGUUGCUGGGCUCAUUUAUUGCUUGCCAUCUGCAACAUAGUCUGGCCAGCUUUUACUUUGGUUGGAGGUUUUCACUUCUCCUUGGGCAGGUUAGGGCAGUGAAUUGUGGCACAUGGAAAUAGAGCAGUUUUGAAGCUGGAAAUGAGAGUAGGACUAUGGUGCAUGGACAAGAGAAUGGUUGGUGGUCCGUUCCCUUACUGGAACAGCUGUACUGGAAACUAGGACAAUUCGAAGGUCCGCAGUUACCGUGCAAUGUCUCGCUGCUUCCCUUUUCCACCGCCAGGAUAUGAAAAGAAGCCGAGGAGUGAUGACAUAGAUUUCCUAGCAAAGGAGAAGCGCAAAGAGAAGAAGCAUAAAAAGGCGAAGAGGGACAAAGAAAAGAGAGAAGGUAAAGAAAGAAAGGACAAGGACAGGAGUAGAGAUCAGCGCAAAGAGAAGAAGAGUCGUAAGGAAAAGCACAAGGCGAAGAAGAGGGAUAAAGACAGGGAUAAGGGGAAGAGUGCAGCAGCAGAUGAGUUUGAAGAACGGAACAACGAAGAGAAGCUUAAAGAUAGCAGCUGGAAGGCUGAAGAAGUCAAAACUUCUAAAUUUACACAGGAAUUUGGCAGAAGGAUCAAAGAUGAAGGGGCAGCAGACAGAUUGCUUGAGAACUUUGCUGGUUCAAUUCAAAAUGAGACCGAGGGCUUUGGUGCUUCAAUUGCCUCAAAGAAGGAUCAAGGUAAUAGAAGUGAAAUGGAUGCAAACUGCAUUACCAAAGAUCCAAGACGAGAUGAUUCCUUGGGCGAACCGGUGGAAAUGGAUGCAGAAAAGAAGAUGGAAGGGGAGGAAAAGGGGAAAGAUAGGUAUAAAAUGCUUGCAAACCUCAUUAGUAAAGAGCAAACAAGAAAUGAUGAGAUGGGCCAAGCAGUGGAGAAUGAUGCAGAAAAAAUUAUGGAAGCAAAGGAGAAGGCGAAAGACGGACAUGGAAUGGUCGCAAAUCUCUUCUGCAAGGAGCAAAGAAGAGAUGAUGGGAUGGGCCAACAAGUUGAGAAGGAUACUGACAAAAAAAUUGAAGGGAAGCAGAAGGCAAAAGAUGCUGCAGACAAAAACAUCGAAGGGAAGGAGAAGUCAACAGACAGGAAAGCUUAUGUUGGCAAGGGAGACAAAUCCAAGGAUAGAGAUCGGGAAAAGAGACCCAAACGGAAGGACAAAGACAGACAUAAAGAGAAGGAAAAAGAUGGGGCAAGAAAAAGGGAGAAAGGUGAACACAAGCAUAAAGAGCAUGAUAAGACAAGUGCCAGUGGUAAAAAGGAUCAGAUAGAAAAUCUAAUCAUCAAGCCCUCAGUCCCUCAGAAAGACAAUGAAAAAUGUGCUGGUACUGAUGGGACUAUCAAGAAGAGGAAGGACUUUGAGAUAAAUGGGUUUUAUGAAAUUGAUGGGCUCCCUAAUAAGCUUCUGAGACCAGCACCUGCCUCAUGCAUGCAUGUUGAGAAUGGAAGAACAUUGGAGUCAUGCCAUGUUGCUACAGGUUAUUCUUCUAUCAAGCAUGAAACCACAAAUAACAUCAAUGCUGAAAGAGGUCUGGACAACAAGAAGCACAAGAUUAAUGGUGUUGUAGGACCACCACCAUCUGCAGUUGACUUGAGGCCUUCAGUUUCUGUAUUUACUAGUCAGAAUGGCAAAGCUUCUGUAAAACCGCCUCACCCCGAUACCAAGUUUCUUAGUCAAAUAUACUCCAUUCCAAAAAUGGAGGAAUGGCCUGAAUAUGAUAACCAGGACUGGCUGUUUAGCAGCGUUCCCCCUCGGCUAAAGCCCAAGGCAAAUUUCAAGGCUGAAGAGGCACUCCAGGCAUGGGCCAAGGGACAUCGAAUCAAGUCGGCAGAUGUUUUUGCUUUGCCUUAUGUCAUUCCUUACUGAUGUUGGACAAUAUGUUCAUACCACCUGGCAAUGCUCAUUCAUGAGACACCUGUUGAAGGUGUGACAGCAUCAUGAAACUGUUCUUUCAGGUAUGAGCUCAGACUUGUUGCGGUGAGCAAUACAUGCUAGUGCGCUGGUAUGCUAGACAGCUACAAAUGGUAUCUGUUACCAUUCAUUGUGUGCUCCCAAACAGUAGGUUGGUGCAUGAUAUGCAGGACUUGGAUCCAACAGGUGCUCCAUAUCUGUACCUAAUUUGAGUCAUUUACCUGAUGAGGUGCCAAAAACAAGUUCAUUGGAUAUCCAAAGUCCCCAGCAUGGUUAAGGCAGAUGUUGGUAGAGCAUACACCUAUAUUUAGUCAGAUAGUUUGUGAUCUUAAGAGAUGUCUUGUUGCAGUACUGCAAUUUUGAUUUGGGUCAUGUAAAUCUUCUUAUAACAAGAAAUGUACAAUAGAGGGAAAAAAAAAGGAAAAAAGGCUAUUAUGAUUUA